UGUGGUAGUAGGGCAGGGCAGGCGCGGACGAGUUGGACGGAACCAUGGCGUUCUCACCGCGGUCGCCGUACUCGCCGACGCUGCCGCGGUUCUCACGGUCCAACUCGGCGGUGCUGGACAUGACGUCGUCGGACGAGAGUGAGUGCCUGCUGGCCACGCCGCACGCCAACGUCCCUGCGCUGGACACGCCUUCUCUGCUUGAUCACUACUCGCCCGGCUCGAUAUACACUUCGGCACACUCCCGCCCGCCGCUGCACUCGCUUACCGCCUCGCCGGGUGCCCCGUCGCCCAUCCGCAUCGGCACGCGCCACGAGCCCUCGUUGCGUCUGUCGUCGCCGCCUCCGCUGGCCGUCCCGGGCGCUCCCAUCUUGCUGAUCUAUGCAUUUGCCGCCGCCCUGACCGUGCGGUACGUGGAGUCUGGUGCUGCUGCCGGCGGGAGCCUCCCCGAGACCGGCGGCGAGGUCGAUGCGCUGUCAGGCGUGCUCCGACGGCACGGGCCGGGCGUGGCGGUCCAGAUGGCGGUGGCGGCGGUGGCGCAUCUGCUGUGGGCGCGGCACUGUGCGCUGCUUCCCGGUGCGGUCUUUGGCUCAUCGCCGAUUACCACGCUCACCUGCAUGGUGCUCGCCGCGGGCCUUGCGCUCCUGCCGCCGUCGGCGGCGCUGGUGGCGCGGUCGUCAUACGGCCGCGAGACGCUGGCUGCCGCCGUCUUCUCAGCAGCGCUCACCGCAGUUCUCGCCGCCGGCCUUGCGCUACAUCUGCUGCACGCGCCGGCUUCACGGCCGAUGCCACUGUAUGCGCUUGCCGAGCUUGUAGUGGCGGCUGUCUUGCUGGUCCUCAACGCCACGUCGGUCCUCACCUUUCCUUGGGCUUGGCUGGUGAUCCUCGGCCUUGCCUUGGCGUACCCUCUGGCAGGGGCGGCACUGUCGCAGACGCGGGCGGUGCGAUUUCGCCCGCUUCUUAGCGCGGCUGAGGGCCAGACGCUGGUGACGGCGGCGGCGCGGGCCCUGGGCCUGCACAUGGACGCCGUCUACGCACUCACGGCGCUGAUGCCUGUGCUAGACGUCGCCGUUCCGCCCUCAGGCUCGCCGCUGGCGGGGACGCGAGCCGGCCUCGAGCAAUUUGUCAAGGACCAGACCCGCCCGCUCUUGGGCUAUCUCUUGGCGUGCGUGCUGAUAUGCCUGUUGUGGAUGCGGUCUGCAGCGCACCGGCGGGCGCUGGGCGGGCGGGGCGCGAGCCUCGCGGUCAUCGCCGCUCAGCUUGGCACAGUCACGCUCGCUGUUCCGGUCUCAUUCUUUGCGCGGCUGGUGCUCGCGCCGCCGUGUGCUGCCCUUAGCGCUGUAUACCUCGGCGCUGCGGUCUGCGUUGCGGCACUUGCUGAGCUCGGCGUCUUUAUGGCUGUCCGCUGGCGAACAGCUCGUGAGCGAGGCAGCAAUGGACUCAAUGAUGUGCAGCGGAUGGCGUCGCGCGCGCUCAACUACGACUCGAUACCGUCAAGCGACGGGUGGUAG